GUAUAAAAGCGAAAGCUUAACAGUGUGAUCAAGCUUUCUUAUUCGAACCAUGCUCAAUAGAUGCUCGUGGUUCGUGUUUGAACCUUGUACAAUGCAUUUUGUAGCAUGAACAAAGUGGCGUUUGUGGUGACAUUUUGUGCUAAUCUUUUGGUUCAACAUGCUAACGGAGCUAUGACUAUGAAACAGCUUACCAACUCGAUGGAUAUGAUGCGUCAAGCAUGUGCUCCUAAAUUUAAAAUUGAAGAAGCGGAGUUACACGGUUUAAGGAAAUCAAUUUUUCCUGCCGAUCCUGACAAAGAGCUUAAGUGCUACACCAUGUGCAUAGCACAGAUGGCGGGAACUAUGACAAAGAAAGGUGAAAUCAGCUUUUCCAAAACAAUGGCCCAAAUUGAAGCAAUCCUCCCGCCAGAGCUGAAAACUAUGGCAAAGGAAGCGUUAAGUCAUUGCAAAGACGCACAAGCUUCCUACAAGGAUCCCUGUGAUAAGGCAUACUUCUCUGCGAAGUGUGCGGCUGAUUUUACCCCCGACACCUUCAUGUUUCCAUGAAGCAAGGGCGCACCGGAAUCGAUGACACAAAUACUGGAAAUGAAACACUUACAAUCUGCUUUAAUAAUUUACUGUUUCGGACGCGAUUUGAACUACUUGUUGUGGUAAAUGUAUUCUUGGUGUUUAGAUUGCACACAAUACACCGGUCGGGACUUACAUUCCAUGUAGGAUUAGAAGACAAAUAUAUGUAUAUUCUUGAGUAUAA